AUGGCAUCAAGGCAUAUAGUCUCUGCUCUGGCAUCACUUUUCGCAGUGGCUGCAUCCAGGACAAUGACAACAACGGCAGCAUCGGCGUCAGUCACGAGUCUUUUCUUUCCAGGAUUCGUUCAAACGGGCCUUGUGGCAUCAGUCAUCACAGCUGCACCCGCCGCUACAACAUAUCUCGUGCAAUGCAGCUCGGAGUAUGAGUUUGAUUGCGAGCUUGGAGAAGGUGUGAUCUUGACAGAGGGGCCCUCGACUUUUGAGGUCAAUGUCAACAGCACUGAUAUGACAAUUAGCGAGGCUUGCGCAAUGACCUCGGGCACUGCAUCCUGCACAUUCAGCAUCGCGGGCAGUACUUCCGGAACAGAGUCUGCGUCUGGGCUAAAAUCAAUGUAUCUAAAUGUCACGAUAACAGCUGGAUUCGAGGCUCUCGCUUCUGCCUCGAGCAUAGCAGCUGCAGAGGCUGCAGCUAAGACUGCUCAGGUUACAGCGAUGGACGUUCCAAGUUCUACAACGUUUGACACAAGCGCAACCGCGACAGACAACGCAAGUAGGAACGCAGCUAUGACUACAGCAGAUCAAAAGAUGGGGGCAGUCUUGAUGAUGGUCUUUACUGUUGCUGGAACGCUAUUGCUCUAA